GAUCAGGGCGAAACAAGAUCAUUUUGUGAUCAGCUACACUGCGCUAAGUCGACUUUUCAACAGAUCCGAUUGGGUAUAUGAAUUCUCACGGCUGGCGAAAUGUCAUUGUCAUUUCUACUGAUGUCAUGUGUCUUAUUGACAGCACAUCUAGCUCACUGUCAAUCUGCUGACCCGAACGAGAAGCUGACCAAGUUUGUCCACCUGAUUAGCGGCUACUUCAGCGUCCAGAAGCAGAUCCCAUCAGAAAACAUCACCGAUGUGAUCCAGCUCAGGCGGUCCAUUGAAGCCUACAGCAUACCUGUCGAGAUCGAGGCUCUCAAACCUUCCAAGACUUUCUACCUGGAGCAAGUUAUAAACAACAUCACAGUUCGUCGACAAAUUGUCUCCGUCGGUGUAGACAGUUAUGGAUUUAUCCACAUGCAGCCAUACAAUGUAUCCAUUGAUGUUAAUUACAAUAGAACCGGAAGUGUUGAAGAUGACCGCGUGAACCUGAUCAAGUUGAAUGACCUCCAGACCAGACCAGAGUGUGAGGCUAUCUAUGAGGAGAUUGAGGAAAAUGUCUUUGUCGGGACCUGGCCGGAGUGUAAUCUGAUGAGAGAAGAUGGUAUUCCCCAGUACGUCGUGGUUCUGACCUGUCAUUCCCUGGUCUUCUCAUCCACCUCACCGACUAGAGCCAGGAACGGAACCGCCCCGGUCCUGUUCCAGAUGUACAGAGCUGAACUUAGACUGCCGCCCUACAUGCUGUCUGAGACACAGAUCUACAACUCCACAUGUGGCCCUAAGCCAGCCACACUACAUGUGGAUUGGCCAGCCACACAGUGACGCCACAUGAAGCAGGACUUCACCACACUAACCCAGGCUUAAAGUUAGAAGUUGCAGAAAAAAUAAUUGAUUUAUGGCACAAAUGAAGUGGAAACCUGAAAUAAAUCUGAAAUAAUCUUGGAAAU